AUGUCCCAUGUCACUAAUUGGAAGGUCUCCCAAGUCAAAACCUUGAUGCCAUGUGACAAUGUCAGAAUUCCCCAUGAGAGGAAGAAGGAAAACAAGAAGCAUGAGGAGCAUUCUGAUGGCCAGGCCUGGCCUCGUGGUCAGGUGCUGCAGACGGGGGAAGGUGCCCCGACCACCGAGGACGGGAUAAAGGAUACAGGAGGUGACAAGUCCACCGAGGAACACCUUUCUCUCAGCAAAACAGAACCGCGGCACGACGCCAAAGAUCGGGAGCCGCCAGUCCCCCUGGGACCUGUUUAUCCACGAUUGAUCUCGAGUCCCAGCACCAAAGCUGGGGGACGAAGCUGGGACCUGUUCCCUCCCACAGCGAAGAACUUCCGAAUACACGACCAGGGCCCCUUCCGGCGCUUCCUGGACAUGAAGGCAGAGAAGAGACUGGCCAGCUGGAAGGAGCGUCGCAGUCGCUAUGGAGACAUCAACAUGCACAAAUGCUAUCCGCUGGGGCAGGUCUUCACCCCUUUCCGGGCUCUGGCCACCACGGAGAUGCGAAGGCUGGUGUUUCCCCAACACCUGCCCAGGAGUCCGCGCACGCGCAGAUUGGGCACUCCGUGCACUGAUGAAGGGAGUCUCCAAGACUUACCUUUGUCUUCCUCAGAGCUGGGCUUGGGAAAGGAUGACAACAACCAUGAGAGAGAGAAACAAGCCAGCCAUGUUAGGACACCUUUAUUCCCCCCAAUAGUUAAAGCAACACAGUCUAAUAACAGGAAAUAA